UGUGGUCUGAUUCAAGAAGCCUAGUCGUCGUAUGUCUUCGACGGAUAUUUGUCGAUAUCAUGUGUAAACCAUCGCCAAAGAAAUUACAUUUUUAGGAAAUUAAAUUCAAGAUUUAUAAAUUAUGACUUUCAUCAAAUACAUGCUCGAGGACGGAAACGCUGAGCGAUCUAACAUUAACAGGAUUGCAAUCUCUGUAAUGAAAAUGCGUUUAGAUUGGACCCUGAAUCAUGUAACGACAUUGAUAAAUGAAGCAUACGUUUUGCUGCUGCAAAUUUCUACGUUUUUCUGGGCCUCUCAUAAUGCUACACAGAAGCUGGAUUAACAGGAUCAUAUCGUGUGCUGCAUAAGGGUCGAGGACUUGUAAAAGGGUAGGCUAUGGGCAGCUCUUUCCUAUGUUGUGUUGUUUCACAAGGUCAGUGUGGAGGAUUUUAGAAAUAAAGUGACCUGGCAACUUCUUCAAAGUGAGAUUUUAAAAGUCAACAGAAGUGUGAGGGAUGGUGGAGCCCAUGCAGACGCUGGCUGGGCGGCGGCCCUGUGGGCGUGAACGACAGUGGAAGGCGCCAGCGUGUCGGAGCGUGGCGGUGCUACCGUUCCGCUGCCCGCGCUGUGGGGAGAGCACGCGCUUCCGCAGCCUGACCGCUCUCCGGACUCACCUGCAGUUCAGCCACACCUUCUCCACACCACCUGUGUCCAGAGCUCCGCCCAUCUCCAUGCCCCCCAGCCCAGAAGAUGAUAGGCCUGCCUUCCUAGAGCUACACCCCGCCCCCACACCCUUAACCACAGCAGCAAAGGCCCAUCCCCCUCCCUCCCCAUUGGAUCACACCUAUGGGGGCGUGUCUAUGGAGGCGGGGCUCCAGGUGCGUCUGUGGGUGGCUCUGAAGAGGGCAGAGCAGCAGCUGCAGUCUGAGCAUGCUCAGUGCCCCCUGCUGUUAGAGGAGCAACACAGGCUCAGCAGGCAGGUCCACUCCGCUGCCAUGGUGAUCGCAUCACUACGACAACAGCUGGCCACCUCACAGCACCAGCUGAAGCAGCGAGAGAGUGAGGUCUUGGGUAUGCAGAGCUGGCUGGCAUUAGCUGCUCAGCAUGAGAUGUGCAGUAAGGAGACACUGAGGAGCUUCAUAGAGACUCUGCUGCAGCGCCUCCAUGUGGCAGAAAGCUGCGCUAACAGGAGACCCUGAGGAGCUUCAUAGAGACUCUGCAGCACCCUGAUCUCCACUGGGUCCGACUGCUGCAGCGCCACGCCCUGAUCUUCUCUGUGGUGUCCAAUAACUGUGCUGUAGAAUUAUAACUGUGCUGUAGGAAUGUGACUGUGCUAUAAGAUUAGAACUGUGCAGUAGGGUUAUAACUGUGCUGUAGGAUUAUAACUGUGCUGUAGGAUUAUAACUGUGCUAUAGGAUUAUAACUGUGCUGUAGGAUUAUGGGCCAUAUUGUGCACCCUGGCACAUGGCGCAAAACUCGUUUUCCACCCGGCACAAAGUAUAUUUUCUUAUUUUGCAUGAUUAUUUUUUAAACAAUGCGCCCAUUAUAACUGUGCUGUAGGGUUAUAACUGUGCUGUAGGAUUAUAACUGUGCUGUAGGAAUGUGACUGUGCUAUAGGGUUAUAACUGUGCUGUAGGAUUAUAACUGUGCUAUAGGAUUAUAACUGUGCUGUAGGGAUAAGACUGUGCUGUAGGAUUAUAACUAUAACAGGGGCAGCCGUGGCCCACUGGUUAGCACUUCGGACUUGUAACUUGAGGGUUGCCGGUUCGAACCCCGACCACGGCUGAAGUGCCCUUGAGCAAGGCACCUAACCCCUCACU